AGGAUGGAACAAAAGAAUUAUUAAAAAAUGAUCAGAAGGCUUUGAGUGUACCAGUACGACAUUUAUUCUUAUUCUAAUUAUUUAUAUAUUUUCCUAAGUUCCUAAAUCUAAAACUUAUUCUACCGUGCAAUUAUAAAACCUAAAUAUAGAACUAGUUAUUAAACUAGCAUUGUAGUCAGCGCAGUUAAAAGGGUAAUUUAAGCCAUACCACUUCCAGAAGUUUCUUACACCAAAUUUGUAAGUUUAGGGGAACAAAAUAAUGUUAUGGCUAUGCUAAAAUAAAUAAUUAUUUGCAGCUUAAAGCUCACAUACUAAAAACGUGGUGCUCAAUUAGAGUUGGUGACCCUAACCCAACAUUUCUUUAAGAAAUUUGUUCGGGUAUCGGAAGUAUGGCAGAUCAAAAUUCCCCUCGGAACUGCCAAUCCUGUGAACGAACGGAUUCGGCAGAAUGCGAAAUGGUCCAGUGUGACUUCUGCAAGCUGUGGGAGCACUUUGGAUGCGCCGGUGUGGACGAGCAAAUCCGACAGCCAAGCGCUAGAUAUGCGUGUAAGCAGUGCUCAAAACCUGGACAAUCCAGCAAAGAUCAUCUGCAAAUUCCAGGGAUCGGAACACGUUCUACAAAAGGAUCCAAGGCGGGUUCAAAGGUAGGCUCCAAGAAAGGAAAGAAGAACCCAGGCCCACCAGAUAGCGUGACCUCCAGUGUAAGGGCUGUAUUGUUGUCAGAGCAGCUUAAACUCAUCGAAGAAGAGAAAACGAUGAAGGAACAAGCCCUGUUGGAAGAAGAAGGGAUCAGGAAACGGUUAUUAGAAGAGGAAGAGCGUCAGCUGGAAGAAAAGAAUCGCCUCCGUGGCCGUAAACUGCAAGAGGAGUUGGAGAUGAAGCGUAAGCAGCAGCAAAUAAAAAAACGGAUGGCAGAAGCGAGCAGUAGAAGUGGAUCGGUCGUAAAUUCCGACCAGAAGGUGAAAGACUGGCUAGACGGUCAAAACCCUGGAAGAUCAGAUGGAAAUGUACAAGGGAAUUCAAACAUACCCCUUACAAACCCGAAUCCUGAAGACCCAGAACAUCCGCUAACGGUAGUUCCUCAGAAUCCUAUUCAACCAACGCUUCCGGACAUGUCGUUACCACAGGUGCCACCCCCUUCACCUCCGGUCGUAGGUCCUCUACAGAGUCUUCUCGCUUCAUUGCCCAACCCAUCUGUUCCAAUCGGAGUACCCUCUACUGCACCAGUUCAACUGAGUAACCCGGUUCCAAUACCGCAACCGGCGUCGACAGUUCCUGUUACCUCGAUUCGAACACUAUCGCAAACUCAAAUCGCUGCGAGACAGGUACUAGGAAAGGACCUGCCUGUUUUCUGCGGAAACCCAGAGGAUUGGCCCAUUUUUAUUAGUAACUUCGAACAGUCAACAACCACCUGCGGUUACUCGGACGCAGAAAAUCUCGUUCGACUUCAGCGGUGUUUAAAAGGGAACGCUUUCGAAUCGGUGAAAAGCCGAUUGCUCCUGCCAGCUAGUGUACCGCACGUCAUUCAGACCCUGCGUACGCUCUUCGGGAGACCGGAUCUUCUCAUCAGAUCGAUGAUGAAUAAAAUCCAACAAGUUCCGGCACCCAGACACGAUCGGUUGGAGACUGUUAUGCAUUUCGGCAUAGCAGUGCAGAAUUUGGUUGACCAUCUCAAAGCAGCGCAGCAGUUUAAUCAUCUAACGAAUCCGGUACUCCUUCAGGAGUUAGUGGAAAAACUGCCAGGCUCAUUACGACUCGAUUGGGCAGUCUACAAAACCCAUCGUCAACCCGUAACACUCGACACCUUCGGGAAAUUCAUGUCGGGUUUGGUGACAGCAGCAAGCGAAGUUUCCUACACCGUGCCGGGAUUCAGCGUUCAGAAACACACCACAAAUUAUGAAAGCAGAACCAUCAAACCGAAGGGUGGAAAUACUGGUAUAAUUCAAGCUCAUCUUGCAGAGAAAACUCCAGCGUCUACGUCCAGCAGCACUCCAGCUAGCACGAAACCCGGCAAGGUAUGCCUCUCGUGUGGUCGUGCGGGCCAUCGUGUGUCUGAGUGCCAUCAGUUCAAUGGUGCCAGUGUAGAUGAACGCUGGAAGUUAGUUAAGCAGAAGGCCCUCUGCAGAACAUGCCUGAAUAAUCACGGCAAGUGGCCUUGUCGUUCUUGGAAAGGGUGCGAGGUUGACGGAUGCCGUCAGAAGCAUCAUACACUUUUACACUCGUCUUCUUCUUUCGAGCAAAUAAACGUUUCAUCCAGCCACGUUACUUCCGGUGAAUCCCAGUGGCCACUCUUCCGCAUUCUUCCUGUCAUUUUAUAUGGCAACAAUUCCUCGCAAAUUAUAUUUGCCUUUAUUGACGAGGGUUCGUCGUAUACUCUACUGGACGAAACCGUUGCGAAAGAACUGUGUGUCAAUGGGAAGACAGAAGCACUUACUUUGAAGUGGACGGGAAAUGUUACACGAGUCGAGCCAAAAUCACAAUGCGUGCAGCUCGACAUCUCCGGUAAAAAUAUUAGCUCCCGAUACACCCUUUCCAAUGUUCGUAAGGUGAGUCGUCUCGUGCUUCCUACGCAAAGUAUAAAGUAUCAGGACCUAGCAAAUCGUUUUCCUCAUUUGCGUGGGCUCCCGCUUAGUGACUAUGAGUUGGUCGAGCCCAAAUUAUUGAUUGGUCUAGAUAACUUGAGGUUAUGCGUGCCUCUGAAACUACGUGAAGGAGGACCCUCCCAUCCUAUUGGAGCGAAAUGUCGAUUGGGGUGGAGCAUUUAUGGGUAUGUUCCAAAUCAAGCAACGAAUUCGAUGAUUAUCGGGUUCCACGUUGGAACAGUCUCGGAUCGUGAUCGUGAGUUGAAUCAACAGCUUCGAGACUACUUCACACUGGAGGAUGCUGGAGUUGCUGAGGCGCAUCAAGUUCAUGAGUCGAAGGACGAGCAACGUGCAAUACAACUGCUACGAGAGACAACACGACGCACAGCAGAUGGAUCGAAAUUCGAAACCGGUCUGCUAUGGAGUACUGAUGAACCAAACUUUCCAGACAGUUACCCCAUGGCCGUCCGUCGUCUGGAGUCUCUAGAACGUCGUCUUCAACGAGAUCCAGAACUGAAGGAGCGCGUACAUGAACAGAUCUUGGAUUACGAAAGCAAAGGAUAUGCACAUCGAGCGAGCUUGGCCGAAUUGACUUCUGUUGAGGCUAACCGUGUGUGGUAUCUUCCUCUAGGCGUCGUGACAAACCCUCGGAAGCCCGGUAAAGUACGCCUAAUCUGGGAUGCGGCAGCUAAAGUGGGUGGAGUCUCAUUCAACUCCCGACUCCUGAAGGGACCUGACCUACUGGCGCCACUUGCAAUGGUCUUAUGUCAGUUCCGUCAAUACCCUGUGGCUGUAAGUGGUGACGUCAUGGAAAUGUUCCACCAGAUUAAAAUUCGUUCUCCUGAUUGUCAAUCACAACGCUUCAUAUUCCGAAAUCGACCAGUAGAUCAACCACAAGUUUACGUCAUGGACGUAGCCACAUUUGGAUCAUCCUGCUCCCCGGCGUCAGCGCAGUACGUCAAAAAUUUCAACGCAGAUGAGUUCGCCAGUGAGUAUCCGAGAGCCGCAGUAGGCAUCAAGAACAAACAUUAUGUUGAUGACUACUUGGACAGCUUCGAGACCACCGACGAAGCGAUUGCGGUGGCGAAUGAAGUGAAACUUGUACACUCCAGAGGAGGUUUCACUCUUCGCAGCUUCUUAUCCAACGAACCUGAAGUUCUGCAAGGAAUAGGAGAAACAAUUACGGAGAAAGAACCCAAAAACCUACAUUUGGAACGUGAUGGGAAAUGCGAGUCGGUGCUAGGGAUGAAGUGGAUUCCGCAUGAUGACGUGUUCAUCUACGCCUUCGGUACGCGAGAGGAUCUACGGCACAUUUUGGAAAAUGGUCACAUCCCAACCAAACGCGAGGUAGCCAAAGUGGUCAUGAGCCUAUUUGAUCCGCUAGGUCUCAUCGCUUUCCUACUCAUUCACGGCAAAAUAUUUAUCCAAGAAUUAUGGGCAGCAGGGAUAGAGUGGGACCAAGAAUUCCCACACGAUCUCAACGAACGCUGGCGACAAUGGGUGGCUUUACUCCAACAAUUAGACUCACUCCGCAUACCACGAUGCUACUUCCGCUCAACGAAGGACUACUCUCAUUUACAAAUCCACCUAUUCGUGGAUGCAAGCGAAUCCGCAUAUUCUUGCGUGGUAUACUUUCGCUUGGAAAACGAAGACACAACACAGGUGAAACUCGUCGGUGCCAAAACAAAAGUAGCACCGCUGAAGACGCUCUCCAUACCUCGACUCGAACUAAAGGCAGCAGUUUUGGGCGCUCGAUUUAUGGAAACUGUUCAAAAACAGCACACGUACACAGUAAGUCGACGGUUCUGCUGGAGUGAUGCCAGUACCGUUCUAGCGUGGGUACGCUCCACCGAUCAUCGGCGCUACCACAAAUUCGUAGCCGUUCGAAUAGGAGAGAUUCUCUCUUCUACGCAACAGUCAGAAUGGCGGUGGGUGCCAUCCAAGCAAAACAUUGCGGAUUUUGCCACCAAGUGGAGGAAUGGUAUGCCUGUGACAAUCGACAACCCCUGGUUCCAGGGACCGGCCUUCCUCUACGAACCAGAAGAACGUUGGCCUAAGCAGCGAACAAUCGUCCCAACAGAAGAAGAGCUUCGGCCAACUCGUUUCCACGCCACCCACUUCGCUCCGAACAUGGUAUUCGAGAGGUUCAAUAGAUGGACCAAAAUGCAUAGAGUAGCCGCAUAUGUUUUCCGAGGCAUCGAAAAUUUUCGCAGGUGUCGAUCGAAGGAUAAACUUGAACUCGGAAACCUUACCAGCGAAGAACUUCGACGGGCCGAGGAAGAACUGCUGAAAACCGCUCAAACCGUGUAUUACACGGACGAAAUCAACAACCUCGUCAAGACUCAAGGGUCACCAGAGAAUCACCACGUCACCGUAGACAAAUCCAGCCCUAUCUACACCAAGUGUCCAUUCCUGGAUGAGAACGGCGUUCUGCGUAGCCGUGGUCGAAUUGGUGCUGCACCGUAUGCACCGACCGAAGCUAAGUUUCCGAUCAUUCUUCCCAACCAACAUUUAAUAACUUUCCUAAUUGUAGACUGGUAUCAUCGCCGCUUCCGUCAUGCCAACCGAGAGACCAUCUUCAAUGAAAUCCGCCAGCGCUUCGAAAUACCUGCCCUAAGACGACUGUUGGAUAAAGUUGAACGCUCAUGUACUUUCUGCAGGGUAACCAAGGCGAUGCCAAGAUCUCCAGCGAUGGCUCCGCUUCCCGAGAUGCGUCUGACAGCAUUCACUCAACCCUUUACGUUCACCGGGUUGGACUAUUUCGGUCCGAUGAUUGUGAAGGUUGGCAGGAGCAACGUAAAACGCUGGGUGGCUCUCUUCACAUGCCUGACGAUUAGAGCGAUACAUAUGGAGAUUGUGCACUCGCUAAGCACCGAAUCUUGUAUUAUGGCAGUACAACGCUUCGUCGCACGCAGAGGCCUUCCCAGAGAAUUUUGGACUGAUAAUGCCACCUGCUUCCAAGCACCACCUGGAAGUUCAUCCCCCCAGCUGCUCCACACAUGGGUGGAGCGUGGGAGAGACUCGUUCGAUCGGUGA